UAAAAGAAAAAUAAAAUAUCAAAAAAGAACCAAAUAUAAAUUUAAAAAUAAUUUUAAUUAAAUAAAUUGCAAAUUUUAAAUUUGCUACUCAUGAUUUUUUUUACCUAUAAAAACUAAUGAGUAAGAGAAAUCUGUAAAAAAUCUAAUGGGAAAUUGUUGCAAGAGUUCAGUUACACCCAUUGUGCGUAGAAAGGCCCAACGACACUUUGAGGAUGGCAUACGUGAAGUUGAUUUUGUUAUAGGUUUUCAUCAUUUCGAUAUACAAUUUGAUCAUGUAAAGAAACGCCACAUAUUCGAAAGAAAUUUAUCUAAAGAAGGUUUGCAAGUGGAAUUGGACUUUACACAAUGUAUACAUUUUAUAAAAAUUCAUGCUCCUCAAGAAGUAUUGUAUAGUUAUGCGGAAAUACUUAAAAUAAAAAUGCCCAUGAAAAAGCUUCCCGGUCAAGAAUUUCUCUAUGACAAUCCUUAUGAAACAUGCAUAAGUUUAGAGCAGAUUUAUGUACAAAAGGAUGACAAAGUACCCACAUGUUCUGAAAGGAUCUGUAAACCAUUAUUCAGAUGUAUUAAAUUAAGUCCCACAAAAUUUCCUCCCAAACAAAAGCGCAUAUAUUCAGAAUUUCAAAUUAAUCAUAAAAGUUUAUACGAUAGCCAACAAUCGAGUUUUUUUGAUGCUGGAACCAGAAACAGUAUUGUUUACUUUAUAUUAGAACGGUUACAUUUUAGCGAUGACGAGAAUACACAGGAUAAUGUAGGCAUUGAAAAGUUGCUAGCAGAAGGAGUCUAUACCUGUGCCUACACUCUACACGAUGAAACAGAUCGAAAUUUAUUACUAAAUGAAUGGGCUACUGUGAAUCGUUUGUUGCACAACCAGCCCUUAGACCACAUUAAGGAGUAUUUUGGUGCUAAAAUAGCCAUAUAUUUUGCUUGGUUGGGUUUCUAUACUAAUAUGUUAAUACCUCUGAGCCUUAUAGGUUUAUUGUAUUUAUUAUUUGGUUUUUUAACUAGAUCAUGGGAUACCGUGAGUAAAGAGAUUUGUGAUCACACGAGAACAAUAAUCAUGUGUCCUUCCUGUGAUCGCCUUUGUGAUUAUUGGGAACUUAAGGAAAUUUGCAUAGCAGCUAAAGUUAACUAUUUAAUUGAUAAUUAUGGCACAGUGGGAUAUGCUUUUAUAACUUCUAUAUGGGCUGUUUUAUUUCUAGAGUUAUGGAAACGUUAUGUAGCCAAAUUAGUUCAUAAAUGGGGUCUUACCGGUUAUACUCAAGAACUGGAGCAUGCGCGUCCGCAAUUUUUGUCUAAAUUGAAAAAGAAUAAAAAGUUGGCAUCACAAAUGAAUCAUUUCUUUGAGCCUGAUGUACCUUUCUGGUUUACGAAGUGUCUACCAAGUAUCACUAAUUACAGUAUAUUACUGUUGUUUAUUUGCAUCUCUCUAAUGGUAACCAUUUCCAUGAUAGUUUAUCGCAUGGCCCAACGUGCAGCCCAAAACAUAGUUGGCACUGAUACUCCGGUAGUCUAUACUGUUUUCUACUUUCCCAUGGCCUCAACUGUUAUAGAACUCAGUAUGAUCACAGCCUUAGCCAAUAUAUACAAUAGCCUGGCCAUUGUAUUAACCAACUGGGAAUAUUGUCGCACACAAAAGGAAUACGAUGAAAGUGUUACCACGAAAAAUUUUAUAUUUCAUUUUAUCAAUUAUUAUUCUUCGCUCUUCUAUAUAGCCUUUAUUAAAGGCAAAUUAGUGGGUUAUCCUGGAAAAUAUAAUAGAUUUUUUGGUUGGCGUCGCGAGGAAUGUCAUCAUGGAGGUUGUUUGUUGGAAUUAAGUAUACAGCUGACAAUUAUAAUGUUGGGUAAACAAGUAUUUUUUGGUAUGCUUGAAAUGUUAAUGCCGCCUUUGAAAAUUUGUUUAAGUUUAAUCAGCUCUAGAAGAGGUGAGUCAUUGCAGGGAAACAAUCAAUGGUGCAAGGAUUAUUAUUUAUUAGCAUGGUCUAAUAAUAUGAUGUAUUUGGAAUAUUUGGAAAUGGUGAUCCAGUAUGGUUUUGUUACCUUAUUUGGUCUGGCCUUUCCUUUGGCUCCCCUAUUUGCCCUAAUCAACAAUCUGUUUGAAACCCGUUUGGAUGCUUAUAAAAUGCUUAAUUACUUACGUAGGCCAGUGGCUCAAAGAGCUUGUGAUAUUGGUGUUUGGUUGGGAUUUCUUAAUAUGAUUACCAAACUUGCGGUGGCUUCUUGUGCUGUCCUAAUUGCCUUUUCCACAAAUUUUAUAACUAAACUUGUAUACAUUUCCAUCAUUAGUAAAGAUGGCACUUUAAAGGGUUAUACUGAUUUUGUUUUAUCACAUUUCAAUACUAAAGACUUUGAAUUACAACCUUUAUUCACUAAUGCAUCGGAGUAUUUAAAUGUGGAAGUGUGUAGAUAUUGGGAUUUUCGUAAUCCUCCUUCGUCGGAGAGACCAUUUGAAAGGCCAAUGAUAUAUUGGCAAAUUUUGGCGGCUAAAUUGGUGUUUAUUGUUUUGUAUCAGAAUUUUAUAGGUUUAAUUCAAAAUAUCAUAUCCUGGUCUAUACCGGAUGUCUCACGAGAUUUACAAAAACGUAUAGAUCGUGAAAACUAUUUGUUACGUGAAUUUAUUAUUGAAUAUGAAAAGUUAUUGGCUUUAGAGCAAAAUUAUGAACUUGAAUGAUUUUUAUUAGAAAGAUUUCAAAUUAAGAUUUUGUGAUAUUCAUUAGAUACUAAUCUUGAUUAAAACAAGAAAAAGCUAACCUGCAAUAAUUGAAUAAUCAUUUAGAAAUAAGCCAAAUUGGACGGCUAGUGUAGCAAUUUGAAUUUAUUCAAAUACGUGUAUGUACAUAUAAAAUUGUAUUUUUUCCUGGACACCUCCAUACAAAUAUAUAUAUUUUUUAACUUAGAACACGUUAACUAAAACUACACUCAGUUAUGCAUGUAAGCAAAAGUCAAUAGUAAAAUCUCUAUAUCAUUUUUCAAAUUAAAAAAACUGCAUGUUCAACAAAGGAAAAAUAUGAUAAAAAUGUCUGAAUGCAAAUU